AUGGAUGACCUCGAAGAUGAAUUGGAUCUUCGAUUUCACAAGGGCCUAAAUCCCGAUGUCUACUAUCGCUGUCCUACAUCUGAAUCACUUGAGGGAGCUCUGCGCAAUGAACUGGAUAAGAAUGCAGCCAGCUUCAUCCCCACAGACGUUGUCACAGAGUUCAUCUUUGCAACAGCCUCUACCAUCACCAUCCCCGUGACGCAGCAACUCAAUCUUUAUGCGCUUAUACAACCAGCCGAUCACCCUCAAAGCAUCGCCGCUGAAUAUGCGCUAUGUCGAGAUAUUGACGGCAAAGACAGGCUCAAGGUACAACGAGCAAUUGCAAGAUCUAUUAUCAAAGCUAUUCAGGACACUGAUGGCUUCAAGUACUCCGAGCGCUCUGCGCAGAACAAAGAAGGCGGUGACGGUGCCAGGUUCAAAUAUGUUUGCCAAGACAGCUUCCAGAAUAGGGACCGUAAAAGCAACACGAGGAAAGGGAAGUCCCCUGAUAGCGACGAUGGGAAGCCUGAGGUUAAGAAGCAGGGACCUGUUGCGUUGCCGACCUACGACUGUGGAGGCGCAAUACACAUCAAGUUUUCCCUCAAAAGAAACGCUGUCAAUGUGGUGUACAAGCAUAAUCCUAUACACACUACGCGCGAGGCUGACAACGGUCUACCUGCUCUGAUGGUCACUGAUAACGGCGUCGCCGCCACAGCCGACGCUACGUAA